UUAAUUUUCCUUGCAGGUAAUCCGCCAUGUUCAGUGGAUGGAGCUUUCAACUAUUCUUGGGAUUAUGCACAGCAAGUCCAUUAUCCCCAUCACGCUCAGCAAGUAGGUCCUAUCUUCUUCAAGACACCAAGGAAGUGCAGUGUUUUUGGAAUCUGCUCGGAGGGCUCAGGAAAGCAGUUUUUCUAUUUAGUGGAUGAGGCAGAAAACUCUGGGAUAGGCAAGGGAGCUAACUCAGUUGUCAGCAUGGUCCAUCACUGUUUCCAGCAUCAUGGUCAUGGAGAUAAAGUUGCCAUUAUGUCUUCAUGUUACGAUCCGGUAUUCCAUGAAGAUAGCUGGUCACACAAAGUUUGAUCCAGACUGGCAUUUCGGUGUGUGGAAGCUGCGCUGGAGAUCAAGUGUUGUGGAAACUCUGCAAGAAGUUGCCCUAUCAGUAAUGAAAUCGUCAC